UCUCUCUCUCUCUCUCUCUUUACGCCGGCCUGUCGAUCAUCCCGACGAUAGCAUGCUCGCGUUCAUUCUUGGAUUCUGUUACUUCUACGCCGAGCUGCUGCGCCUCGAGUUGCAAAUGUUCGUGCACCCGGAUGAUUGCAAGCUGUCAAAGUUCAUGCUGUGAAGGUGAAAACGCGAACGGGGAAGGCGACAAGGUCUGCCGUGUCGAAACGCGCGAAACGGAAAUGUGCCUUUCGGUCGAUGGAUCGGCCUUAUCGCGAACGAGCGUCGAACGAUUGCGAAACGUGCCUCCUCGAUACCUUUUCGGUCGAGCUGCUCGAAGGUGGGAACCCAGUUUUCAGUGAAAUCGAUACUGAUUUGCAUGGAGCUCGCAAAUUUUCAUUAACGCCGCAGGCAUUUCUGCGUAAAUGUAAUCGAUCCCGCGGGACGUUCCGCGACAACGAGACCGACGAUGAACGCCGAUUCCCGUUAUUUCAGCCGCGGCGAACAUCGUCAGCGUGAACGUGAGAAAUUCGAAUUCCGACAGCGCGCGCUAGUUACGCGCGUCUCGGCUAGCUGAAUCGAGCGACCAGCGGAACGUGAAACAUUCGAACGAGGGAAGGUUCGAACAUCGAUCAACGCGAGUUUCAUUGUCAAUACGUCGAUUUUGGGUGUGUAUGUAUUUCAUCCGCACACGCGAACACGCGUGGAACGUUAGAACGCUUGUUGAGUGAUCUUGUCCUCGCUCGCGACGAGUUUUUGUUCGCGAAGAGAUUCCGUGGAUGCUCGUGUGUAAUCUAUGGGGGAAACACAACGGCGCGAGGCGGAACGUCCGGCGUUCGGUGCGGAACGAAAAAGGCCUCGCGAAACCGGGCGCAUCCGCAGAUACGUCGACAAGUGAAAGUGCAUUUUGUAAGAUGACUGUAACUGCGGAUAAUGGAGAGUGCAGCCGCCACCGACGCCCCAGUGUGUCAGCAACGAUCGCCGAGGGCAACGGCGCUGCGUUCGUCUCUUCAGUCUCUUGGUCGUCGUCGUCGUCGUUGUCCCCGUUGUUGUCGUCCUUGUCGCUAUUCUCAGCGUUGUUGUCCUCGUGACACGUUGCGCUUCAUCAGCAUGGAUCCGCGUCCUCAAGCGCAGAGAAAACGACGGGCAGUUGCAAACGUGAUUAGUCGAAUUAGCGUUACGCUUACGUACCUCGGUGACCUCACGAUCAUGCACUUCAUCGAUCUCCAUUAAUUAUUCAUGACUUCGUGACUUUCCUCCGUAACUGAAGAAAAACCGACUGGCGUUGGUUAUGCGCGUGCCUCCGCCAAGGUCGUCGAAGCCACCAUCGCAAGAGGAGGAAGAGGAAGUCGAAGGGGCAUGACCCUUCGAGGGAUCGGUGAAAAGGAAGAACAGAAUUCGAUCGGUGUUUCGCAGUCGCACGUGGAUCCAACAACAACGACAACAUGGAGACUAUAUUGAAUUACUUGAAUCUAUGGAACAAGAGCAUCAGUCAACGAUGGAGGAAGCUGAGGAGGAGGUGUUCCGUUCAGGAGACCUCGGAACCUCAGGAAACUCUUAUACAAGGUGGCACGACCCAGGGGGUUAUUCAACCGACAAGGUCCAGUUCGGCCAGCAGGGAGUCCUCGCCUGCUGCAAAGAGCCUUCAGGACGGCAGCUCACCGAAGAAAUUGUUGCAAACCAGCUCCUUGAGAUUGCCAGGCACCACCAAGGGUAUCGCCGACAUCCAGCACGUAUUACGAAGCAAAUUCAGCAAGAUAAACGCUGGCAUCCGAAAGAGGAAGGCACUGAGCGUGACCGAGGUGUUCUCGCAGAAGGACAACGCGUCGAAUUUCUACGUUCCCAGUCCCUUGACCUCCUCGAGUAGUCAAAAGUUCGACGGGGAAUACGACUCCGGCGAGCCGACUUCCCUCCCGCCAUAUCCGUUCCACGACAAUCUCGAGACGCUGGCAGAGGGCAGCGUGCCGAAUUCGCCGAACUGCAGCAACAGCCCGCUGACCAGCAACAGCAACAAGACGUUCACGUACUCGCGAAGCAGCAGCACGUACGACUCGCCGGUGCUGAAUCACGAUCACAGCCAGAAGGACGCGUACGAGAACGUUUUGUACGCCAGUUCCUCGUCUCCAGGCUGUUGCUCGAGGUCCAGGGGCGUGUUACAGCGCAGCAAUUCCGAGAACCGCGACGCUGCCCGACAUCAGGACCACUCGUACGAGAACGUGCGUUUCCAGCGUGGGCAGCACAGAUCGGAGCUGACGCCGUCUGUCACCCCACAUUCCGACAGGCAUCUGGCGAGAAGCAACUCGGAGACGAGGGAUCAUCACUCGUACGAGAACGUCCACUUCCAAAAGAACUCGAAGCCGAGGAAUCAGUCCGACUCGUCGUUCGAGGAGAUUCACAUACCGAGGGUGACGCCGAGAAAGAGGGUGACCGAUUUCAAAGUCGGCGGACAGGUGAACAGUUACUCAAACGGGUCUGGCUCGCCGUGCGCGAACAAAGAAGACGGACCGUCCAGCUUGGGGGCUGAAAGGAGUCCUGGCAAGAAGACGACCAGACGAAUGAACAGCAGGAGCGUCGCCAAUAUUCCUAGUUCCUCCGGUUCCGGCUUGAAGACGUGGCAAGGUACGCAAGACACAGACGAAGGCCUGAAUACCGACUCCGAACUCGAAGACAUCGACGAAGCCGGCGAGGGUGAAGAGUCGAGAUUCUGCACCCUACCAAGGCCGGGCAAGGGUGGCGCGUCAUUCACGAUACUGACAGCCAGAUUUCUAAAGGGUCCUGGGCACAAAGGACUCGGUUUCAGUAUCGUCGGCGGUACAGACAGUCCCCGAGGAAACAUGGGAAUUUACGUGAAGACGGUCUUCUCUAACGGCCAGGCGGCCGAUCUUGGUACCGUCAGAGAAGGGGACGAAAUUUUGUCGAUAAAUUCGAAACCCCUUCACGGUAUGACGCACGCCGAGGCAAUCGCCGAGUUCAAGUCCGUGAAAGCUGGGGACGUGGUUCUGCACGUUGGACGUCGCGUCAGCAGAAAGAAAAGGGACUCCCUGACGUUACCACCUGCCGGUCCGACUCCUCCUCGUCAGCAAGUGAAGUGAAUCGUUGAUCUCUUUCCUCUUCAUUCCGCGCGAAAACGUUUUUGUUUUCCAUUUAAGCUCGCAUCUCUGAGCAGAUACCUUUCUUCUUUAGGCAAUAUGUCGUUCGUUAGUAACGCGACUUCGUUAAUUUCACGCUACGACGAACCAAUUUCGUUUUCCAUCAUUAACUUUUUCUCUUCUACUCGGUUCGUUACGUUUCACGUUCGUUAUUUAAACACUCGUUGUUCAAGGCGUGAUGAAGAAGCGCGAGACUUGGUCGUUUUGGUGCCAAUUCGUUUUCGUCGCGGCGAAACCUGUGAACUGAAGAAACGGAAGACGUACGCGCGGCACUGUUGACACGAGUGAUUGCCCAUUUCCGCAUAAAUGUUUGCAAAGAUGUUCAGCGGAUUGAACUCUCGAGAGAUUGAGACCAAGAUCGUAUCGUCGUUCGAAUUGAAGAGGCGAGACGAUACAUCUCGAGACGAAUGUAACCUAACGAGCUGUUGACAAAUCAAAACGAUGUAGUAUCCUAUGAUACCGUAUGUACUAUCUACUCGUAUUCGAUGUACCAACAUAUCUAACCUUCCAAUAAUCACCGAAAUUACUGUUAGCGUUAUACUAGCCGUUACCAGGCUCUAGCUUUCGUACAUUUUCUCGUAUCUUGAAGUUUUUUACAAACGAGGAGAGUGUAUUUUUGUCGAAGAUUUCUCGCCGGUCGGACCGAAGUCUAUUUUUUCAAAGCGAUCUUGAUGUCGAGACGUAUCGAACCCGCACAAACAAUUGCAAUUUAUUUUUGUAACGCGCUCGAAACUGUCGCACGAAACAUCGAACGCACCUAUCGUUGACCUAUCAACGAAUCGAAGAAAGGAAAAAAAGGGGGGAGGGGAAAGGGGGUAAAAAAAAAAA